GGACGGACAGAUGGACGGACGGAAUGGACAGGACGGACCCAGAGACAUGAGAGACAGGAAAUAAAAACAGAAGAGGAGGAAGUGGCAGAGAGGAAGCUCUGAAACUAUGAAAGCUACAGGCCAACCCUAACCCAGCUCUCCAUCAUGGAAAAUGUGACACUUGGCAGCCCUGCAGGAGAGGCUCGCAUGAGGGACUACAACUACCUGGCCCUGGUUCUUGGUGUCCUGUUGAUCCUCAUCAUCAUCCUGGGAAACGUUCUGGUGUGUCUGAGCGUGCUCACAGAGCGCUCUCUGAAGACCGCCACCAACUACUUCAUCAUCAGCCUGGCGGUAGCCGACCUGCUGCUGGCCGUGCUCGUGCUACCGCUCUACGUCUAUUCUGAGUUCCUGGGAGGAACCUGGACUCUGAGUACCUCCAUCUGUGAUGCUCUGAUGACCAUGGAUGUGAUGCUCUGCACUGCCUCCAUCUUGAACUUGUGUGCCAUCAGCGUAGACCGGUACAUCGCCGUCGUAGUGCCCCUAAAAUACAACAGAAAUCAGUUCAGUGUUCGCCAACUGACACUCAUCACCGCAACUUGGGUCCUAUCUCUAGGCGUGGCCAGCCCAGUCAUCUUUGGUCUGAACCAGGUGCCGGGUCGGGAUCCGACGGUCUGCAAGCUGGAGGAUGAUUAUUUUGUGGUGUACUCAUCAGUCUGCUCCUUCUUCGUGCCUUGUCCAGUCAUGCUCUUCCUCUAUUACUGGAUGUUCCGCGGCCUGCGACGUUGGAGCAGUCGGAGCCGGUCCCAGGCCCAUCGGGUCGGCCGGAGAGGUCUUUCUUCUCAUCUGGCCUUGGCUCUGCGUAGAGCUAAAGACACACCUGGUAGCCAGGAGAAGGUUGUUUAUACAGUGCCUCCUAUAAGCCCCACCUCUCCAUCCAUAUUCUCCAUGGCAACGCCAUGUGCGACUCUGCUGACAGAGGAAAACCAGCACGGGGCAGUGAUGGCAGCUGAUAGCGACCCGGUGACCACUCAGAUGGACAGUGUGUCGGACGGCGAGCCCACCGGAAGGUGGGAGGGAAGCAGUCGCAGAGAGAACGCCACUAAGAGAGGACGAAGGACCAGCAAGACCAGCCGGGUCAGUGGGAGGGAGCGCAAGGCCAUGAAGGUUCUACCGGUCGUUGUUGGCGUGUUCCUGGCCUGCUGGACGCCCUUCUUCACCGUCCAUGUCACCAAGGUGUUAUGCCGUUCCUGUAACAUCGGCCCCACUCUUAUUUCUGUGGUCACAUGGCUAGGUUAUGUCAACAGUGCUGUUAACCCAAUAAUCUACACGAUCUUCAAUGCAGAGUUCAGGAACGUCUUUCACAGGCUGCUCUGCUGCCGGACGUGACGCUUUAAGCGUCGACUAUGAACUCAAACGUUCUCCAGAACAUCCAGAAGUCGCCUGCUUGGAGUCUGAAUCCUCUGAAGUCAAACAGUCUCUUCUUUUAGAGUUCUUUUAGUGUGUUUCUUAGAGCUGCCCAGAGGAUCAGAUAUUGGACAGACGUUUCUAGGUAUCUGAGUGGUUCCAUGUUUUUACUCUGUUCCAGAUCAGGGUGGACAUCUUUUUGCUGCAGACAAACAGAAAUCUGAAUGUUUGAUGAAGGUUUUGUAACUUGCACCUGCUGAAUCUGUGAAAUGGGUAUGAUGGGAUGCAACUGAAACUGAUGUUCUCCUUCUGGACAACUAAAACAAUAAAGAAGUGAAGAACAAAACUAA